AUGGGAAAAAAAAGAAGAGCAGCUAUCUUGCCAACUAAUAUCAUUUUGCUUCAAAACGUUGUUAGAAGAGACCCCGAAUCUUAUCAUGAAGAGUUUGUGCAACAGUACUCCCAUUACGAGUCAUUAAGAGAUAUAUUCUUAUUAAACCCUUCCGCUGACCAAGGAACAGACUUCGCAGACUUGAUUGGAUUUGUGAGUGCGGUGUGUGGAUGCUACCCCAAAGAAACCGCCAAGUUUCCAGAUGAAUUGAAGAACAUUCUUUUGAAUAACCACAGAUCUUUGACCCCAGAUGUGAGGGAGAAGAUUAUCCAAUGUUUGACUAUGCUACGUAACAAGGAUAUCAUUAGUGCCGAGUCCUUGAUUCUGACGCUAUUCCCUCUCUUGGAAGCCUAUAGUUCCAACUCACAAAAUGCAUCUACAUCCUCGCAUCAUGCCAAAGCGGUUAGAAGCCAAAUCUACAGUACAUUGGUGCUGUUGCUAAAGGCUGUCAACACCGGUGCAAAGAACCAGAAAAUUAACAGAUCCACACAGGCUUUGCUCUUCAAUAUGUUGGAGCAAAGAGAUGGCAGAGGUCUUUGGGCCACGAAAUUGACCCGUGAGUUAUGGAGAAGAGGUAUUUGGGACGACUCCAGAACUGUUGAAAUUAUGUCUCAGGCAGCAUUGCACUCAGAUGUUAAGGUUUCGGUUGCAGGAGCCCGUUUCUUCUUGGGUGCUGAUAAGGAGAGAAACGACGCUCUCGAAGAUGAUCUGUCGGAUGACGAGAGCUUUGACAUGAACGCAUUGAAGCAUAAAGCUCAACACAACAAGAAGAGUGGAAAGAGAGGUAAGAAGAUUGAGCAAGCUUUGAAGACUAUGAAGAAAAAGAACAACGCUAAGAUCUCGGCUACCUACCUAAAUUUCUCUGCAAUUCACUUGCUCAGAGAUCCUCAGGGUUUCGCUGAACGUCUUUUCACCGAUCAUUUGACCAACAAAAAUGCAAACAGAUACAACUUGGAGCAAAAGAUUUUGUUCAUGAAUCUCAUUUCGCGUUUGGUUGGUACCCAUAAAUUGACUGUGCUCGGUCUUUACUCAUACUUCUUGAAGUACUUGACUCCAAAGCAGAGAGAUGUCACUCAAAUCAUGGCAUCGGCAGCUCAAGCAUCUCACGACUUGGUGCCUCCAGAAUCAAUCAACUCUGUUGUCCGUAAAAUUGCAGACGAGUUCGUCAGUGAUGGUGUGUCUACUGAGGUGGCUGCUGCUGGUCUCAACACCAUUAGAGAGAUUCUUGCCAGAGCUCCUUUGGCUAUUGAACAACCAUUAUUGCACGAUCUUGUUGAGUACAAGGGCUCCAAGGCAAAGGCCGUUAUGAUGGCUGCAAGAUCUUUGGUUUCUUUGUACAGAGAAGUGGCACCUGAGAUGUUGCAUAGAAGGGACAGAGGAAAAGUCGCUUCUUUGGAGUUGCAAAGUGGUGAGAAGAAGGGAUUGCCCGUAUUCGGUAUCGAAAGCUCCACAGUCACAACCAUUCCUGGUCUUGAACUUUUGUCUAAAUGGAGACAAGAGCAGGGUGAACAAGAUGAGAAUGCUGACGAAAAUGACGAAAAUUGGGCAGUGGUGCUGCAAGACGAGGAGGAGGAAAGUGAGGUUGAAGGAGACUGGGUUACCAUGGACUCUGACAAAGAAUACAACAUCAGUGAUUCUGACGACGAAGAGAAGGAAGACAAGACCAAUGACAACAAGGACGAAGAUGAUUCUGAUCUUGAGCUUUCUGAUGAUGAAAAUGUGAAGGAAUCCACCGAUGCUGCAGAGGAUGCUGAUCAACCUGCCAAGAAGAAGCAAAAGACUGUGGCCACCGAUUCUACAGCUGCAAUGAAUGAGUUGCUUUCAAGCAGAAUCUUGACUCCUGCAGACUUUGCAAAAUUGGAAGAAUUGAGAGUCCAAGCUGGUGUCGAUAAGCUCAUAGGCAAGAAACAGCACAAUGAGGAAGCUAUUGACUCGACUAGUUUGCUCGGCCAAGUCAAAUAUAAACAGUUGAGAGAAGAGAGAAUUGCUCAUGCCAGAGAGGGUAGAGAAGACAGAGAGAAGUUUGGUUCCAAGAAGGGUAAGAGAGAUGCUCCUCACUCAACUACCAACAAGGAGAAGGCUAGAAAGAAGAAUUUCGUUAUGAUGAUUCACAAAAAGGCUGUUCAAGGCAAACAGAAGUUGUCUCUCCGUGAUAGACAAAGAGUUUUGAGAGCUCAUAUCACAAAGCAAAAGAAGAAGGGUCAUUAA